AUGAGUAGUAAUCUAGAACAGCAAAAUAAUGAGUCUCAAGAUGUUGCAAUGGAUAAUCGAAAGAAUCAGUUGAAUAGAUCAGUGCCCAAUAUGAGUUUAAAAGGGGGUAAUAAGCUGGCUUUAAGAAGGAAGAGGACAGUUCUUUCAGACAUUGGUCCCAAUUCUGACUCUAGUCCACAAAUAUAUAGAGAUGAGUCCACAGAAGAUACAAAACUACAAGACUCUAAAAGUAGAAUACGUAGAGAGGGGACUGAGUUAAUAUAUACAGCAGUGAAAAAAAGAAAGAUUCUGAAAGAUACUGAUCAGGAUGAUAUAAAUUUGAAUCCAGUUUCACAGGAAAAAGAAGGGACUAGUUCUAUUAAUAUUGUAAAAGAACCUGUACAAUUGUGGAAGGAUCUAGAUUCUAGUGAAAGGGAUGAUGUUUUAUUAGUGGUAGAAUACACAAACGAUAUUUUUGCUCAUCUUUAUUCCAGGGAGAAGGCCACAGUCCCUGAACGUAAUUAUACCAUAAAAUCAAAUCAAGCAUAUUAUAGGCCUUCUGUUAGGGCUAUUCUAGUUGAUUGGCUAAUUGAAGUUCAUGAAAAAUUUCAAUGUUUUCCAGAAACUUUGCUAUUGGCUAUAAAUAUAAUGGAUAGAUUUUUGGCUAAGACAACAAAAGUAGGAACAGAUAAAUUACAAUUAGUUGCAGUGACAGCUCUAUUUAUAGCCGCCAAAUACGAAGAAAUACAUUUGCCGAAAUUGGCUGAAUAUGCAUACAUUACAGCAGGUGCUGCUUCUAAAACAAGUAUAAAAAAGGCAGAACUCUUUAUUUUGUCUACUCUAAAAUUUGAUUUAGGUUGGCCCAAUCCAUUGAAUUUUGUUAGGAGAAUAUCUAAAGCAGAUGAUUACGACACAGAGACAAGAAAUAUUGCUAAAUAUUUGCUUGAAUAUUCAAUUUGUUCCUCUAAAUUUAUUGGUGUUAAACCAUCGAUAUUAGCUGCGAUGGUUAUGUAUAUUGCUAGAAGAAUAACAAAAAGAAAUAAUGACUUAUGGAAUCCUACAUUACAACAUUACAGUGGUAAUAUAAAUCCAUUAACGGACAUGCAAUUUCAAAAAUAUUGUGUUGAUUUGAUCAAGGAUAUUGUGACGCCCUUGGCGCCAAUUAAAUAUUUGGCAGUAAAAUAUGAGAACAUUGAAAGAUAUGGACAUGUGUUGAGCAUGGUUAAUGAAUGGUGCAGUUUACAAAUUCACAAAAAUUUUGAAAAUCUAUUUUCGUUGUAA